AUGUCUUCCCGCCCGGCGCAUAGCCUGACGCUCAGCGACCUCCAGGACUCGUGGCUCUCUGUCGCAUCGCUAGUUUUGGUUCUUUACGACUACCUUCUCACUCUCGACCGAGAGAUCCACUACAUUUGGCGUCGGAGUGUCUCCAGCGCGAGCAUACUCUAUCUCGUCUUGCGAUAUGUGUCGCUCGCGGCAGUGGUGGUCACCAUGCUCAACUUAUUCCCUUUCCCGGGGAAGGCGUCUGCUGGGUACGAGGUUGGCGCCGUCAUGCGAAUGAUGUCCCUACUGACCGGCGACCCCCAACAGAUGCAACGCAUCUCCGUCGGGCGUGCAGGCGGCAUCCUCGCCGAUCUCAUCGUGCUCAUCCUGACUUGGCAGCGAGCUUGGCCCGUGCGUGUACGUGGCAGGGUGUCGCACCAGUUCGCCCUUACGUCCGUCCUCUUCAACGACGGCACAACAUACUUUUCCGCGCUCCUCGUCGCCAACCUGAUGAGCCUCGUGUUCAUCAACAACAUCCAACUCGUCUUCGUCCUAAUCGGAUGGACCAGCGCGUGCGUCUUUCGUCCUUUUUUCGCCCUUGCCGCAUUGCGCCUCUCCUGA